UUAGAAAGCGCCACAGAAACUUUAUACACUUUUCUUAAUCGCAAAGUGAAAAUGCUUGUUUUCAAAUAUACUUUGCUCGGGCUUGUACUAGGAAUACUGGGCUCCGAAGCCUCCUAUGAAGAGAUGUUUUUAGAAGAUUUUUGCAAUCAAGAAGAAGUAUCUGUCCUAAAUUUAGGAUCAGGUAAUGCCAAUUCCUCAGGUAUAAUAGCUGCCUCGAGAAACAGAACGUUUUUAGAAGGACAAAACUGUACAGUAUUAAUUCAACCACCUUUAGGAUUUGGCGUUAUUUUAAGCGUGAGACAUCUCGAUUUCAGACCCUUUUAUUCACCAAGAUGCUUGAAUUUUGUCAAGAUUUCUGGCCUUCAUGAAAUUGAUGAAGUUUUUCUCUGCGGUUACAGCGAUGAUGCAACUGAAUAUCAAUCAUAUCACACUGAUGGCAAGGCUCUGCAGCUGAACUUCGUUACCGUAAACAAAACUGAAACUCGAUAUCAUUCUGGUUUUAUAUUUGUGGUAACAUCCUAUGUAAAACUUCACUACAUGUGCGAAAUAAAAAUGUUCCAGUGCGAAAAUUCUCGUUGUAUAUGGAAGGGACUCACAUGCGAUGGUCAUAACAAUUGCGGUGACCAGAGCGAUGAAUUUCCACAUGGCAUGGCUAAUUGCGGAUCUCUUAACCCUGGAACAAUAGCAGGAAUCGUAGCUGGGUCUGUGAUUGGCUUCCUUGUACUUGUCUGUGUUUCUCUGGCCUGCUGUAGAUGUUCACGAUGCAGCAAAUCCCAGACCACUGAACGAGAACCUGUACUUAUAGAGCCUACUUCAGAUUAUGGUUCUGGCACUGCAAGAGGUAACAUUCAAGAACCUGAAGCAUCUGAACCUAGUUCUUCCUAUGGCAGGUUUCCUGAUCUACCACCACCAUAUAAACCGUGAAACCUUGAAAUAAAAUUUAAUGAACAGUUAUUUUUUGAUAAAUUAUAUUUUGAACUUACUACUGCACAAGCUUGUGAAACACAUUGCAAAUAGCAAAUAAGUAAUUUUUAGCAA